AUGAACACGUCGCACAUUCCACCCAACACCAUUGCCGUCCAAUGCAUGACACGCACAACAGUGGUGAUGGACAAUCAUCCUUCCUCUUCAUUCCCGGUUCCAGCAAAGAAGAACAACAAGGAGAAUUCGCAUUCGAUUGGAAAACAGGAUGUCCAUCCUUCCAACAAACCAAUCGAAGAACAACUUCACAUCCAAUUCCAAUCUUCCAGCGGUCCACCCAAGAAGCGCCUCUCGCCGAAACGUGGAUCCACGAACGUUGGGGGGAAGUUUGAAAAAAAGGCCCCAGCAAUCAAGAAAUCCAAGUGCACCGGCGGCACUAUCGAAUUGGCUCCAAAAACUACAAAUCAGACAAAACAAAGCACUCGCCCAUCGCAAUCUUUCGAGAAGGGAAGUUGGGGCAAGAAUCUUGGGUUGGCAAGAAAGGCCGUUGAGAACACCAAUUCCGAAGGCCAGCACGAUCGUGUCAAUGCGGCACUAUAUCCUUCCCAUCCAUCGGAUGCCUACUACCAGCACCACCAUCAUGGAACUCAUCAUCACCACCAUCAUCAUUCGAAUAGCCAUCAUGCUGGGCUGAAAGUACAGUUCAUGGACGGUGUCCCGCACAAUGACCAACUAGAGAAGCCACAGGUCAAAAGAGUCUACAAAUUUGGGCACAUUCCAGCUUUGGAGCAGCCAGCAGACCGUUGGAGAAGUUUGGUCUCGUUGGGUCAAAAGUACCAGUCAAGAGCUACAGUACACAACAGUAGUCAUCCAUACAUGUCGACUCAAAAUUUGCCACAUCCAGCAAGUCAAUACUACAUUACACCCGAAAUCUGGCAUUUGUUCAUGAAAGGUCCACUCAUUGGCACUCCAGAAUCACUCUACUGUCAAUUGCACGGUAGUCCCCAGUCUUCCACCGCCAAACAAGUUCCUGUCCCUUCCGCCAAGCAACAUUCUCCCAGCUCGGCAGGUCCAAGCGCCCGUUUUGCACAGCCUAUGGCAUCGACCAAUGCUCCAGGAAAUAGUGCCACCAAGCCGCAACUUCGUUCGGUAGAACCUGUCCCAUUGGCCAAUCCAGCAGGAAAAAGUGCCAUCAAUCCUCAACCUCAUUCGACACAACCUGUGGCAUCGACCAAUCCACCAGGAAAAAAUGUCGGCAACCCGCUACCUUCGUCCGCACAGCCUGUUCCAUUGACCAAUCUACCAGGAAAAUAUGCUAGCAAACCACAAACUGAUUGCAACACGCCAAAGAAGAAAACUACAAAGAAGACUCUAAAUUUGGCCCUUUUACGAAAGCUCACCAACAAGCCACUCGUGACAACACAACCAUGCAAAUGCAAAAAGAGUCAAUGCUUGAAACUGUACUGCGAAUGUUUCAAAAUCGGCCGUAUUUGUGCCGUAUUUUGCAAAUGCAACAACUGCAAAAACAAAAAGGAUCAAUUCUACAAAGAUAGUGAAAGAGCCAUUGCUAUCAAGGAAAUUUUGAGAAGCAAGCCCACCGCAUUUCAAACGAAUACCAACAAUUGA